AUGUCGACCCCUGGCUCUGAGUCUUCGAUACUGACUCCGGUUGACUCGGAGGCCUGUCGCCCAACUAGAGACCAACGACAAACGGUAAACCGGUUCAAUAAGUUUAUCCUCGGAGACUCUUAUAUCAAAGAUGCCGCAAAGCUGUACCCACUGUCACGCGAGCAAGCCAAGAAACGUAAUACCGAUUUUGACGUGGUGGAACGGGUUCACGAGAGCGAGAAGAAGCUUCUGAAAUCCCCUCCGGAUCCUGCUCAUUCCCUCGAGGUGACAUUGGAACCAAACGACUACACGGACGAAAAGUUCAAGCUAUUCGCAAACUACCAACGCGUCGUCCACCACGAACCACCUCACAAGAUCAACAAAACCUCGUUCAAAAACUUCCUUUGCACAUCGCCCAUCCCGGCAAGUACAGCGACAUUUGAUGGCCGAGAACGGAAGUUGGGUUCAUAUCAUCAGUGUUAUAGAAUCGAUGGAAAGCUGGUUGCCGUGGGCGUACUGGAUCUGCUACCACAAUGUGUGAGCGCGGUUUAUUUCAUGUACCAUGAAGAGGUACACCGCCAUGGCUUUGGAAAGCUGGCUGCGAUCAGAGAAAUCGCGCUGGCGAAGGAGGAGGGGUAUCCGUGGUGGUACGCGGGAUUUUACAUUCAUAGCUGCGCAAAAAUGAAAUACAAAGCCGAUUACACCCCUCAAUACCUCCUCGACCCCGAAUCAUACACAUGGAAUCUCCUCGACGACACCCUAAAAUCUCAUCUCGACACCUCAAAAUACUUCAGCUUAUCCGCCCAUUCCCAUUCCCAACCUCAAUCCAACCCAACACCGACCACCACCCCCUCCUCUUCCUCAUUACCCACAAGCUCUCCCCCCUCCUCCCAUCCCCUCUCCCCUCCCCCGCCAUCUCAUCCCUCCCAAUCUUCCUCCGUCCAACUCCCAUCCCAGGCCUCCUCACCCUCGCCGAACUCCAGUCCGCCAACCUCUCAGCCAUAA